CGCCGUUUUCCACUACCGUACCGUGCACUUUAUCCUCUCUUUCUUGGACGGAAAAUGGUGGCUGGCGGUUGAACUAGUUGCCCACUUUUAUCCGGACUGCGUUUUUGAUUUGUUCCACUGCGAAGCGCGCUUGGUGAUUGGAGAUGACGGAGGUGGAGCCCGUUCUAGACUUCGCCUCUUCGGGCCGAUCAGGGAGGAGGAACGCCCUGCCCGACAUCCUGGGCUCCCCCGCUGGAGUCAACCCGGGCGACCUGCCACUCAAACUGGGCGAGCUGUCCCUCCAAGAUGGACCUGGAGGAGCCCAGUCCCCAGCGUCAGAGGAGGCCGGCGCCCCAGCGGAGAGCACCCAGGCCAAGGACGGAUCGUAGUCCCCUGCCCUCCUCCUCGCCUGGACCCUCCCUUUCUCCUCGGGUACCCCCCACCUGAGCGGUUGUCAGUUCUAUAGUUACAGAACAUGGCUGGCAUUCUGUGAGAUGUUUGAACCACACGCUCCCAUUGCCCUAGACGCUGGAGAGUUGGACAAUAAAGUUCUGAGCCGGCAAGAUCCAAAAUGGCUGCCCUUGCCACCAGUCACCACUUGCCUGGGACUCGAUGCAAAACAGAUUGUACAAUGAACUAUUUUUCUAUUAUUUAAACACGUCGAGCUGCAACAUGUUUCGAUUUCCCUUGGGUCGUGUUCCACUAUGUGAUGUAACUAUGCUUUUACAGGAGACUGCAGUGCUGCCCCUAGUGGCGUAAUCAACCAGCUACCACUAACAAAAUGACACUAUGUUGGAUUUAAAUGUGUAUUGUUGAUCCUAUUUUGUACUACCUGACUGUUGCUGUCUUAAAACCAGGGAUUUUAUGAAUUUAGUAAUGGCUGAAGAUUAGUGCAUAUCUUGAGACAUUCCUUUAUUGAAUAUUCCACUGCCAGUUGUGUCAAAGUGAAAAAAGAUCUGUCAAAGGUUAUUUUAAAGGUCUAAAAUGCGCAAAACUUUUUUUUUUAUUUUUAUGAUAAUGUUAUAAUGUUGUAUCAGCACAAAAUAUACCCUAAUUUGCAUUUUGUUUGAUUCCUUUUGAGUGAUCCUUCACUACUUUGUAAUGCCAUCAGGUUGUAAACCAGGAAGUGCUACUCUUUGUUUUGAAAAUCUGUAUAUGUUCAUCAGACUUGUUUGGAUCAUGUCAUCUCUCAAACUCUAUUCAAUACACAGCUAACCAACUUCUUCGCUAGCAGCUAUUGUUUUUAGCUGAAUUGAACUGCUUAAAGGCACUGUACCUGAUUUAUUCUUAAAAAUGUGAAAAAGAAAAGAAACUAGUUCAUUUUAAACAGUUUGCAGUGGUCCAAAGUCCAGAGUUUUGCCAUCAUGGUAAAGCUAACAACAGCUAGCAUGGUAACGCGCACUUUAUGAUGAUAAGACAAUAAAAAGCUUUAUGUUUAGGUGCAGACAGUAUGCAGCAGACAUAUUUUGACCUCAGGAGCUGCUUAUACAGUAUAUAUUUACUGGUGCAAGAUAUGAUUUUUCUCACACAUGGACAAAAUCGAGUACAGGGCCUUUAAUUCCUCAGUGCACGAGCAGGUGGAGUUGCUGCACUCUCUGCUGAUGUAAAAUCAUGUCAAAAUGAGGAAAGUGUGGCCUUUAAGUUACUUUCCAUACACUUUUUAAUUUGAAAUUAUACAACACGAAAUAUCAAAGGCUAUAAGGUAUCCCAAAAUAUUUGAACUGUUCAUAAUGUUAUACCUUUAAGAUUUGUUUAUUCCAAAUUUGAAAAAAUGUGCCUAGUGGCAGUUUACAAUUGUGCGUGUAAUUGUGUGAAGUACUGUUAUUGACCUAUUGAGGUUUAGAGAUAUCGCCUCACUGGUUAAAAAUGCUUGUGGACAUUUUUGUAAUCACAUUUGUUAAACAUAUUUGUUGACAGUUUCAAGUUGGAAGUAGCUUAUGUCAAUGAUUUUGCGAACGUGGACAUCAGGAAGUUAGCGAGUUAUUUUUGUGAGGAAUGACAAAAAUGAUGCACAUAACAGCCAAAUUUUGUCUAUUGUAAAUAUGCUCUGUUGUGCUCAAACCCUUGUGUUUUACAGUGGCUAAUAUGUCUGUACGGAGUGUUCUUCACAAUGCAAAUUAUGGCUGCCCAUACUGCAGGUUGGUACUGUUAUGGAGAUGAGAGAGGAGGGUGUGUUUUUAGUGAAUUCUAAUGUAAG